AUGACCCAAGACCAGAAACACGAGGCUCUUCAGCCCAUCCACCCCUCCAUGAAGGGCAAGCUCGACCCAGUUUUUGAGAAGCUCUACAACGACAACGUUGCCAACACUCCGCUCAAGCCCAUUGACCUCUCUGUCCUGCGAUCAAAAUACUCAGUCCUCUAUUCUUAUGGCACUGGUCCUGCGCCAGAUGUUGCCCGUCAAUAUGACACCCAUAUCACCACUCACGAGGGUAUCGAUUUGAACGUGAGGGUUUAUGAGCCUAGCACCACUGGGCCAUGGCCUGUCCAUAUCGACUACCAUGGUGGAGGUUGGGGUCUUGGUGAUCUCGACACGGAGAGUCAUAUCUGCAAGCACAUUUGCAACCUGGCUGGAGUUGCUGUGAUAGACGUCGCAUACCGUCUCGUGCCGGAAAAUGCGUUUCCGUGUGGCGUCACAGACAGCUUCGCUGCCCUCAAGUACAUCUACGAGAAAGGUGCUGAGAGGUUCAAUAUCGACCCCACGAGCAUUUCUGUUGGGGGCGUAUCAGCUGGGGGGUUCAUUAGUCUGGCACUGGGACAUAUGGCGCGCGACGCAGGGAUUCCUCUCAAACUCAUCGCUGUCGGAACCCCGGUGAUCGACGAUUUGUCCCAGUACUCAUCUGCGUCCGAGUCACCUUUUCCAUCCAUGCAAGAGAACGAACAUGCGCCAACGCUCAACUGGGGCCGCCUGGCCUGGUUUGACAAGCUAAAAUGGAGCUCCCUCGGCUCGACCCCAGAACAAAUCGCAGAGAAGCGGCAACAAGUUCCUGAAAUCUUUGCCAACCUCUUCAAGGCCAAAGAUUUCACCAAUCUUCCGAAAACAGUCAUCUACACGGCCGGAGCUGACCCAUUGAGAGAUGAAGGUGAAGCAUAUGGAAUGAAGCUAAUAGAGCACGGGAAUGAGGUGACGAUCAAGCGGUUUCCUGGAGUGCCGCAUCCAUUCAUGCACAUGGACAAGGAUCUUCGGCAGGCAAAGGAUUUUAGAAUUCAAACGGCUGCUGCUAUCCGGCCGCCCCUAAGCUUUGGUAAGCUAGCGAGGGUACAGUACUUGAUCGGUCCAUUCCCACUUCAGAUAGCUAAUCCCCAACCUCCUCACGCGUCGUCUGCUUCCAACUGCCCAAGCCAAGUCAAUCAAGCUGAACGCCCUUCCCCACGGUUGAUGCGUGAUGAGCAUGGCGUUUUGCGCUCGACCAAGAUUGUAGGAAGCCUCAUUGUGGCGACUGCAGAAGGCUUUGCCUGCAGUGCUCGUGGCCUACUGAAAGGCCGAGACGGAGGAGGAUUGAAGACCGGGAUAAUGAAAUAUGCGAAUCUCGAGUUGAAUCUAGAAUCGAAUCUUGACGUAAGCAUCGCCGACUUGCUCUGUCAAAUGUCAUCUGCCUCUGCCUUUGAUGCACCGGUCAUCGACGAAGCCGCUCCAACUCAGGAGCCAUACUGGAGCCUAUCACCCGAUACAGCCUGGCUUGACAUGCUUCCGAAAACACCCCCUGCCAACUCGAGCUCCCCGGUAAGCAUGAAAGAUACAUCACUCAGCUUGUACACACCAAGCUUAGUUCCAGACAUGACGUCUCCCCAUGACAAGGCCUUACUCAAUCACUAUUCGACCAUUGUCGCCUCCGUAUUGUCGAGGCGUACCAAUACAGCAUCCAAUCCCUACGUUGGUUACAUUAUACCAAUGGCCAUGUCGAACCAACUUAUUCUUCAUUGCGUAUUGGCCUUGAGUGCCACACACUGGCAGAGGCUUCAACCAUGCAUGCGGGAUCGGGCAUUGUUUCACCAAGGUCAAGCAACACAAUCUCUGGCUCGUCUGCUUCCGCAUGUUGAUGCCAGAUCAGUCGACAUUGCUCUGGCAUCAUGUCUAUUGCUCUGCAUGACAGAGCUUUUUGAUGGCACUUCACAAGGGUGGAAACUUCAUCUCCAAGGAGCGAAGCGUCUCUUAUCAACCCUCAAGUUCCAGCAUGGCGAUAUGUUGACCGGGCAUUUCAAGUUUUCUGUCAAGUUGGCUCGAUUUUUGGACAGUGCAGCUACGACAAGCACAUGUAAACCUCCCCUGAUUGACAAUGAAACGGUGACAACCUCACUUGAGCUGGCUGAGGAUGUCAAUGGUGAAGACACAGCAGUGUACGGGAUACCAAAGGAGUUGUUCCAUUUAGUCGAUCGAAUCAACAAUCUCGCUAGC